AGCAAGCUCAUGUAGGAGCAACAAAGUGAUCAAAGAGCUUGUUUAUUAAGUUCUUAUGUAGAAAACAAAGCAGUCACUGGAAUUAGUUCUGUUACAUAUUGUGAGGAAACAGCUAUUACUGGUAUUUAUUCAUAAAGCAACAACAUAGAAAUUAGCUGUACACAAGGCAUAGAAUGAAUACAGUACCUGCCUAGAAGAGCUCACAACCUGGAAGUCAAAAGGAAUAAGAUAAUGACUGCAUUGAGAAACCCAGAGCAAGGGUUAACUACUAGAGAGAGUGGAGUCACACCAGUUAAGUUUGACCCUGUAAUUUAUGAACCGUAUGAUAGUGAAGAUUACUACAUAUACAUACACAGAAUUCAGAGCUAAAAUAGAGAUAACAGGUUUAGCUUAUUACUAGAAAAGCAGCACAGAUAGAGCUAAGAAUGGUAUUAGAAAGAAAAAGAAAAAACAUUUUUUUAGAAGCUACACCGAGGAAAUGAUGCAAACACAAUUCAGCUUUAAUACCUGUAAGCAACACAUGAGCUUGUUUAGCCUGUAUUUUCUUCGCUGUUGAAGAACAUUGUGUUGUAUAUGUACUUUGUAUUCUAAACUGCUAAUUGUAAAACCUACAGAUACACGGCCCUAGAGGGGACGAUCAAGAACUGAACCAAAGCAAAACUGUGUAUAUCAUCUCACUGAAAAACCUCUCAACCCAAUUCUUAAUGUAGUAUAAUAUUAAAAUGAACACUAGCUCUUUAAGAGGUUGUCCAAACAUUAUGUCUCCAGUUACUAGUUAUCUUAAUACUGAGUGGUUAAGUGGGCUGUCAUUCUGAAUGACAUCACUGAAUAACAUCCAUUCCUAAUCCAGUGAUCCUCCUGGGCUCUGGGUGAGACGGUGGUAGGCAGCAAAAUAAGGUAGUUUCAGAAAGCUUCCCUCUAUUUGCACAAGUAGUUGGCUGAAACAAUGCAGUCCUUGGACUCAGAGAAAGGCUUAAUCAAAUUCAGCCAUUGUAAGAAGGACAUAUUUUGUUCCUACGUGCCCAAGCUGUGCCCUGUUUGUGGGCAGAGUCUAAACUACAGGAGACUGGAAGAUGCACCUGUCAGCAUUCCUAGCCCAUUUGUCAACGGGCAUAGGCAGAAAUGUUCAUUUUUACUUAAACCUACUACAGGAACAUUUCUUAGAGAGUAUGAUGGAAGCUCUGAUCUCCAUGUCGGAAUAUCCAAUACUAAUGGAUUGGUGUAUAAUUACAAUGAAACAGGCAUUCAUAGAGUUGAACUUGGGUGGGAGCAAUGCAUUAGUAUCCCACUAGUGCAGCCAGACAUGUAUGGACUGCUUAAACAAUGGGAUAAGUACCUAGAAGAAUUCUCUACUGGAGAGGCCUGGUUUUUUCACAGGUAUGAUGAACACUACCACAACUGUUAUACCUAUGCACUGGCAUUUAUUAACUGUGUUUUGGCUGCACAAGGUAAGCAGCCAAUGAGUAAAAGUGAAUUCACAGAAAGAUUUGUGAUACCACAGACAAGGAAAGCUUCCAAGUAUAUCACUGUCUACCGGGAGGUAGCCGAAAAUUACUUCUACAUUGGUGACAGCCCUGAUCAAGAACAGAACAAUUCUGAAGAGGACAAAUUGUUACAUUAAAAACAAGCAUGCAAUGCAGUGAAAACAAAUCCAUAAAUAGAAAAUCUUUGGGUCCAAGCUUCAGUUCUCCCUCUAUAUACCGGACAUGCCUUCCUGCAAUAUUUGAAAACUAACAGUAGAACUCUGAUGUGUCUGAGAAAAGGAUCAUCCCUUUCAUAUAUCUCUUACGAGACAUUAACAUGUCACAAGAAGGAAAAGACUUGUAUGAGAGUUUUCUGGGAGUUUUAAAAUUUUGCACUAUGCAACUAGCUAACUUUCUUGAGCACUAUCACAUAGGAAAUUAUAUGCGUUCCUGUUUGCUAUAUCAUACUAAAAGUUGUAUGACUGCAGUCAUGUUUUGUAGUAGACAAUAUAAGUGCUGUAAAUUAAAACAACAGGUGUAGAUUACCUUUUGACCAGGGUCAGAAAAACAAAGUUUGUGACAAAAAAACAACGGUGACACUUAUUCACUAUUCUCCACUAAAACACUGCUUGAAUUAAGAAAGCACUGCAAUUACUGGUCACAUACACUAUCUUCUUCAUUUGCAAUAUUCACUUUGUACCUUACUUCAGGCAUUUGAGUAAGUUUUAACUUUACCAGUAAGUGGCAGUGUUCUUUCAGUUCCUUGUAAAAUUACAGUACUAUCAUAAUAAAUGCUACAUUGUACCUCCAUAUUUUUACUACUGUUGCAAAAAUAAAUAGCUGGAGUAAAA